GACUCCUUAAGUAGGCCUACCUGAGAAAUAACACGACCGCCUUCAGUUUCAAAAUUCGGUUUCACCAGAGGAAGACAGAACGUCCACUUCAUGCUUGGUUAUUUAAGAAAGGCUUUAACUUGAUAAAGUGGGAUAAACUUCUACUGCUUAAGAACAUCAGACAUGAAAACUUCUUCAGGACGCUCACAAGAAAUGUAUCUCACAGGUAAUCAGCUUGCGACAGGUGGACGCUCAAAUAUCCCAAACCCAAUUAUACGAGUACAAUAUAUACAAGAAUAUUAAAUUAGCAUUGGUCUGCUUUCAAAGCAAAUCAGAUGGCAUUUCUGUGGGCAGGUAUUAUAGGAUCAGGAAAAGCGAUGUCUCAUUCAGAAAAUUACAUCCAAGAACCGAGAAAUCUACAAGAUGGAUUAUUGCAAAUAGGGGCCCAAGCUUGGCAUAUUCUAGUCCAUUCGAAUAACAACAACAUUACCACAUACGGGGAAGAUGAAGCGAAAGGCAGUGACUGUAUUGGAAGUCUGGUUGAAGUCACUGCAACCAGCGACAGGAAGUCGAGAGAGGAUCAGCAGGUGGUAAUGCUCAUACCCCGGACUCCUUCCAGACUCACACCACCAAAAAGGAGUAAAACCUUAAAUUUAAAACAAGCUGUAAAGAAGAACAGUGGAGGUGGAUGUGGCAGACUUGAUGGUGUCUCUGACGACACAGAGUUUGAACUGUGGGAUUCGCGAUUUAUGCUCCGCGGGGAUCAUGAGCCUGAAAUCGGAUAUAAACAUGCCAGGUGGGGUCCCCGCGGGUGGUGCAAGCCUUCCUGUAUCCCCAUUACAAUUAUCCUCAUCCUUAUUGUUCUGGUAGUGCUUCUUCCACUGAUGGAGCAAAAGGAAGCUGGCAGCGUUAAUUCAUCUCCAAGAUUCUGUCCUCAGACCUGCAGAUUCAGCCUUGUGGAGAGCAUACCAGAAGGGUUAACAUAUCCAAAUAAUACUGCAGUACAUCCAACUACUCAUGAUGUAUGGUUUGAGCUCAUCAAGUUGGCACAACAUUCAAUUGAAAUUGGUUCCUUCUACUGGACACUCCGCAGUGCUGACAUCACUCCAGGAGACCCCUCUUCACUUAAAGGUGACGAGAUAUUUCAGGCCCUUUUGACAGCAGGCCUGGAGAAGAAGGUGAACAUACGUAUUGCCCAGAAUUUCCCUUCACAGUCACAGUCUUCUCCAGAUACAGAAAUACUUGCAAAAACAGGCGCUGCAGAGGUUCGCAGUGUGAAUUUUCCAAAACUGAUGGGUGGUGGAGUCUUGCAUACUAAGCUGUGGAUUAUUGAUGAGAAGCAUUUCUAUGUAGGUAGUGCCAACAUGGACUGGAGGUCAUUAACAGAGGUGAAGGAGUUGGGUUUAUCUGUCUAUAACUGCAGCUGCCUUGCUUCUGAUCUAGCCAAAAUAUUUGAGGUAUAUUGGUUUCUUGGAAAUCCAGAUGCUGAGAUUCCUGCAAAAUGGCCUGACAGUUUAAGCACACAUUUUAACAUGGAAACUCCAAUGACACUGGUGAUGAAUGCCAGUAGCAAAGCAGAUGUUUAUCUUGCAAGUUCCCCCCCUCCUUUCUGCCCAGAAGGUCGUUCAACAGACAUUGAUGCCAUCAUUCAUGUCAUCUCAACAGCUGAACAUUUUAUAUACAUAUCUGUGAUGGAUUACUUCCCUUUGCAGAUUUAUACUCCUAGGCCAAGAUACUGGCCAAAAAUAGAUGAUGCUCUGCGUUCAGCUGCUAUUGACCGCCAUGUUAAAGUUCGUCUGUUGAUUAGUAAUUGGAAUCAUACUCGCAAAGCAGCACAGUACUUCCUUCGAUCACUUAUUGAUAUUAAUGGAGCAUACCGUGGAGUUGUAGUAGAAGUGAAAUGGUUCAGAGUGCCCAGUACUCCAGAGCAAGCAAAAAUCCCAUUUGCUCGAGUAAACCACAACAAAUAUAUGGUUACUGACAAUGCUGCUUAUAUUGGAACUUCAAAUUGGUCUGGAGACUAUUUUAUCGAUACUGCAGGUGUUGGUAUUGUGGUACGUGCUGCUCACUCCAGCAAUGACACUUCCACUAAUCCUCUUUGUGAUCAAUUACAACAGGUAUUUGAGAGGGACUGGAACUCGAGCUAUGUAUCCCCCUUGUUAUAGCGAUUGGUUUAUUAAGGAGUCAUGUGUUCCCACAGGGCUUUUUAACCUUCAUUGUUCAGGGAUAUGAUAUUUAAGUCUUCUGCUACGGUGGUUCUGGUGGCUGGAUUUAAAUGUGAGGUUAAUAAUUUUUGUAUUGGAAACAAUUCAGUGGUAAACCUGCUGGUCUUAUGCAUGUAUUGUCACAGUACAGUGCCGUGCAUGGAUGAUAAAGGUUAAGCAAAGUGAGACUGGCAUAUUCUCCAACUGGUAAAGCCAUGUAGGUAUUAUAAACUUCCACAGACUGAUAUCAGAUCUCCCUGAAAUCUGUGAGGCAUCUUAUUUUGUUAUUCUAUUUGCAUAUUUAUGUGUACUUAACCCAUGACUGUGCACUGAGAUCUUGUGUUAAGUUAUAGUGUUGGCUGCGCCAUAGCUCAAGCGGUUAGUCGCUGGCUUCCCACCUUGGCGACCCAGGUCUGGUCAAGUGGGA